AUGGGUGAACCAGCUAAAAAGAAAGCCAAAACCGCUACUACCGCGGUAUCAGAAUCAAGAAUAUCACGUACCAUUGCUGCUUGUAAACGAUGUCGAUCCAAAAAAGUCAAAUGUGAUCAAGAGUUCCCUCAAUGUGGGAAAUGUAAAGCCAGAGGUGUUGAAUGUAUUGGUGUUGACCCUGUUACUGGCAGAGAAAUUCCAAGAUCUUAUAUUAUACAUCUUGAAGAAAGAGUCAAACAGUUGGAAAGUCAAUUAAAACAACAAAGCUACGGUAGCAGUGGUCGUGGGGAUGGCAGUAAUAGUAGUUGUACCGAAACAAACAAUAACAUUCCUAUUCCAUUGAAACUCCCCAAUGGGGUGGAUGAGUCAACGAAAGAGCCUAUAUCAUUUUCAAAAUUAAUGUCAACUGCUGUUAAAGUUCAACAGAAAACUCAAGAACCUUUGAAAAUUGAAGUUAGUCAUACUAGAUCUGGAAAUGAAGAUUAUGAAAUUUUACCUGCUGUAUUACCACCAAAGAGUACUGCUGUGCAAUUUCUCCAAGUAUUUUUCCAUCAAUGUAAUUCCCAAAUUCCAUUAUUCCAUCGUGAAGAAUUUCUUAGAGAUUAUUUCAUUCCGAUUUAUGGGAAAUUUGAUGAAUCUAUUUCAUUGGCAUCCAACAGUACAACUAUUAAUACGUCGUUUUUUCAACAUUUAUAUACCAAUGGACAACAAUGUUGGUUUGAUACAUACAAGAAUGAGAUUCAAGAUAAAUUAUCAGGAGAAGAAGAAGGAGAUGAUGAUUCUUCUGAGGUUGAUAUACACAAAUUGUCGGAAAGAAUAAUUCCACCAGUUAAAUUUAGAAAAGCUUUGUAUUUUUUGAAUUUAGUAUUUGCAGUUGCAACUUCCACUCAUCAUUUAAGAUAUCCGGUUCAUAUAUCUGAAUCAUUUAGAUUAGCAGCAAUGAAAUACUCACAAUAUGUUGAGCAUUUAAGUGAUCAAUUAGAACAUUUACAAGGAAUAUUAUUAUAUGCACAUUACUCAAUUAUGAAACCUACAAAUCCUGGAGUUUGGUAUAUCAUGGGACAAGCGUUGAGAAUUUGUGUUGAUUUGGAUUUACAAAAUGAAAUGAAAACUAAAUCUAAACAAAAUAUAAAUAUUGAUAGUUUUACAAGAGAUAAAAGAAGAAGAAUAUUUUGGUGUACAUAUUCAAUUGAUAGACAAAUUUGUUUUUAUCUAGAUCGUCCGUUUGGUAUACCUGAUGAAAGUAUUAACACUCCAUAUCCUUCAAAUUUAGAUGAUUCUAAAAUUAUUCCUCGUGAUGUUAUAACUGAUUAUACUUUAGCUGAUGAUGUUAGUUAUAAAAAUGUAUCACUUGCAUUUUUCAAAAUUAGAAAUAUUCAAAGUCAAGUAACUAAAAUUCUUUAUACCAGCGGUGAAGUACCGAGGAAAUAUACUGAUUUAAAUCAUUGGAAACAAUCAAUAUUACUUGAAUUAGAACAUUGGAAGAAUGAAUUACCUAAUCUGGUACAAAUGAAUUGUAAUUUUAAUCCAAUUUUUUUCAAUUUAAAUUAUCAUCAUACUUUAUUAUAUAUUCAUGGUUUAAGUCCAAAGAAUUAUAAGCUUUCAAUUACUGAUUAUGAACAAUUAUCCAAUUCUGCUAAAGAAGUGAUUAAUUGUUAUACUCAAUUAUUACAUACUAAAAGUAUAAAUUAUACUUGGGCAGGAGUACAUAAUUUAUUCAUGGCGGGUACAUCAUAUUUAUAUGCAUUAUAUAAUAGUCCAGAAAUCAGGAUUUCAAAUCCUAUAAAUGAAGUCAAAACUUUUACAAAUAAUUGUUUAACUGUGUUGCAAUCAUUUUUAGGUAGAUGUGAUGUUGCAGGAUAUUGUUGUGAAAUUUUUCACAAUUUAACAAUGGUUAUAUUAAAAUUAAACUAUAAUCAACAAGAAUUAUCUGAUUUUGAAACAACAACAUCAUCAUCAAAAGUGUCAAGAGAAAGUUUGUAUCGUAUAAAUAAUGGAAAUGUUCAUUCAAAUUUAUUUCAUUUAGUUACUGAAUUGGAUCAUUUAAACCCUUUGAUUAAUUCAUCUAAUAAUAAAAUUAAUAAAGAUUAUGAAGAAUUUAGUAUGAAUAGUGAUUUAUCACCACCUCCAAUUGUGAUUCAAUGGAAUGAUCAAGAUGUUGAAUCUUUUUUCAAAGAAUUAAAUCAAGCUGAUCAACAUCAUCAACAACAGGAGCUUCAUAAUCCCGUUGUUUCUCCUGCUAAUUCUCGUGAAGGGAAAGAAACCUUUGAAUUAUUACAUGAUAUGCCUAAUGAAAUCAUCUGGGGCGAAUUCUUCACUAGCAAAUAA